AUGAUCCUCUCGGAUCAGGAAGAUCUACAAGAACAGUUGUCCACAUCCAGCGACUUGGAGCUUGAUGAACCUACUGAGCAAAGAGUUUCAGUGAAGCUUCAAGAGACUGAUCAAGCAGGUCAAUACUUGUUGACAGCAGAGGAUACCAGAUUACUCCAGGAGGUACUCCAUCAAAAGUUACAUGUCGAGAGUACCGGGCUAGAAAGACGUCGCUUUCGAUUUCAAGACUUGGAGUUCACUCGUCAGCUUAGCACCUUCGACCGACAGAAUUCAACCUUACAUUCCUCAAGGUUCCACGGAUUCUUCACCCUAUUUUGGCUUGGGGUGGCUUUGCUGCUGGUCAAGAUUGCCGCCAACAAUUGGCGGAUCUACGGCACCCUCUGGGGCAAGAACGAGAUUAUCAACCUGAUGUUCCGCAGAGAUGUCCUAGUUUUAGGUAUAUCGGACUUUAUUCUAUGUUGGUCGACCAUCCUUUGCCUCAGUCUUCAACGGGCCAUUCUGCAGGGAUAUCUACGGUGGAGUGGCCUAGGGUGGCUCAUUCAAAAUGUCUGGCAGACAGCAUACCUGGCCAUCGCCGUCUGGUGGACUUAUCAUCGUGAUUGGCCAUGGACACAUACCGUUUUCAUGGUUUUACAUUGUCUGACAAUGUUGAUGAAGCAGCAUAGUUAUUCCUCUUUCAAUGGAUACUUAUCGGAGCUAUACCGAAAGCGGGAAUUAUUGACAAUCCGCCUACGUCGGCUGGACAAGCACAGCGAUGAUCAAACUUCUUCUGCUGCAUCCACCUCCGCGGUAGGCACGGGCAGCGAGUUCAACAUGGCUGGCCCUGAAAAAGCCAAACAUCGGCACCCUGUUGACCAUCACAGCUCCGUUGACCACCAAAGCUUUCGAAGAUCUAGUGCUACAGAUCAUCUCCUGGCGCUAUCGGGUCGGAUCGAGAGCGGAACCCCAUUGGCAAAGGACCAAAUGGCAUCUUUGAAGGCGUUGAUUGAGCAGGAAAUUGAGCUUUUGUCUGACGGUCUCCGGGGUCAGUUCUCUUCGAUGAAUCAAUAUCCCCGGAACUUAACCAUUGGAAAUUUCUGCGACUUCAUCACCCUACCUACCCUGAUCUAUGAGCUUGAAUAUCCACGAACAGAGCGAAUUGACUGGGUUUACGUGGCCGAGAAGACAGCCGCCACGUUUGGUAUCAUUGUAGUCAUGAUUGCGAUCUCACAGAAUUGGAUAUAUCCGGUCGUCAUGUCCACCUUACAAAUGAAGGAGGAAGGAUUCACGAUGCAGCAGAGGCUUCGGGAGUUCCCAUGGGUCCUAAGCGAUUUGUUAUUUCCUUUCAUGAUGGAGUACCUACUGGCAUUCUAUGUGAUCUGGGAAUGUGUGCUUAAUGCGUUAGCUGAGAUCACUCGAUUUGCUGAUCGUGGGUUCUAUGCUGACUGGUGGAAUUCGGUCUCAUGGGAUCAGUUUGCUCGCGAUUGGAAUCGUCCAGUACACAACUUUCUUUUGCGCCACGUUUAUCACAGCUCGAUCAGCACGUUUCACCUCUCGAGGGUGUCUGCCAGCUUGAUGACAUUUCUACUGUCAGCAUGUGUACAUGAAUUGAUUAUGCUGUGUAUUUUCCGACGCCUCCGAGGAUAUUUGUUGAUUCUGCAAAUGUCGCAACUUCCACUUGUCUCCUUGAGUCGAACACGCGUGAUGCGAGGUCAAAGACUUGUGGGCAACAUCUUCUUCUGGCUGGGGAUUUUUACUGGGCCAAGUCUGUUGUGCAGCCAGGCCAAGGGCGAAUUCCAACAGAUUGGCGGCGUUGAGACUUACCUUUCCUACCCGAAAGACAAAUCCACCAAGCGGGCUAUUCUUCUAUGCACUGACGUUAUUGGUCACCGCUUCAUUAACGCUCAGUUGAUUGCGGACCAGCUGGCAGCCAAUGGCUAUUUUGUCGCCAUGCCAGACCUGUUUCAUGGUGAUCCUGUACCGUUGAAUCGCCCUGAUGGAUUCGAGCUUCAGGCCUGGCUAAAGGGCCCGCCUGGUCAUCUCCCAAAUCGCGUUGAGCCUGUAGUUCAGGCUGUGUUGAAGGAGAUGAAGUCUAGUAUGGGUUGUGAGCGCAUCGGUGGGGUUGGAUACUGUUUCGGAGCCAAAUACGUCAUCCGUCUGCUCCAACCUGGUCUGCUCGAUGUCAGCUAUGUAGCGCAUCCUAGCUUCGUCGAUAGUGAAGAAUUAGCUACCAUCAAAGGUCCUUUAUCUAUUGCAGCAGCUGAGACCGAUGCAAUAUUCCCCGCAGCAAAACGUCGCGAAUCCGAGGACAUUUUGCUGAAGACGGGCCAGCCAUAUCAAGUCAACUUGUUUAGUGGCGUGGAACAUGGAUUUGCGGUCCGGGGAGACCUCUUUAACCCUAUCAUCAAAUUUGCCCGGGAAUCAGCCUUCCUACAGUCUGUGGCGUGGUUCAACCAGUACCUGUAA